AUGUUGAAGACCUUUGAGGGACUCCAGAAGAACUUCAAGUUAAAACCCCAGCAAUAUAUUAUCGACAAUUGGGUGUUUAGGCUACAUUACAAGGCAACGGUUUAUAUUUUUAUAAUAUCUUCUAUUUUGGUAACGUCAGGCAGUAUAUUGGAGAACAUAUACGAUGUAUAGCGGAUGGGGGUGUACCGGAACAUGUCAUGAACACAUUUUGUUUCUUUACGACGACCUUCACAGUGCCAUACGUUAACGCCACCAAAGAAAAUCUGGAAAAGUUGCUGGAGGCAAAAGAAUUGAAUGCUCAAUUGUUAGACACUGGUAAUUUGGCUCAUCCUGGCGUUGGUCCGUAUGGUAUCGACUCGAAUGAACCCAUAGUACGACACGCGUACUACCAAUGGGUUCCUUUCGUGUUGUUCUUCCAAGGUCUCAUGUUCAUGAUACCGCAUUUACUAUGGAAGAAACUUGAAGGAAGAAGAUUAAGAUACUUGGUAGAUAGCUUGAGGUAUGCGGCGUUUUCUUUGCAAGAGAAAGAGGUUCAAGUUGGGGAGAACAAAAUUCCGUCCAAAUCAGAUAGAGAAAAAAAGAUACAACAAGUCAGACAACUCUUCCAAGACGGCGUUUAUGUCAACAAAAACUGGGCACUGAAAUUGAUGCUUGUCGAAGUCAUCAAUUUCAUCCAUAUCAUCAUACAAAUUGCCAUCACAAACAGAUUUUUGGGAGGUAAAUUUCUUAGAUUAGGAUCUACGGUUUGGCGCAAUGGUUUGGAUUCCAGCGUAGAUAUUUUGGAUGAAGUUUUCCCAAAGAUAACCAAAUGCACCUUCCACAAAUACGGUCCCUCUGGCUCCAUCCAAUACCACGACGCCAUGUGUGUAAUGGCCCUCAACAUUAUCAACGACAAAAUCUACACCGCCGUUUGGUUUUGGUUCAUCUUCCUCUUCAUUUGCUCCGUCUUAGGUCUAAUCUGGAGACUUAUAACAUAUAUUCUACACGCCAGAAGCAGAGGCUUCAACCGAAUGAUCUUUUCGAGCUCCUGUCCCGGAAAGCUGAACCCGUGGCGUGUAUUGAACGUUACCAGAACGCCCAGCUACUCCGACUGGCUGUUUUUGGUGUAUUUGUCCAAAAACGUCGAUCCUUUGGUCUUCAAGGAAAUUUUCGUAGGCAUCGCUCAAGACUACGAGGAGAGGAGCUCUAUGAAGAAGCCGCUGCUGGAUCUGGAGGAUUCCGAUAAGUACGCUUAA